UCUGAUCUUAAAUAUUGACUAGACACAGAUGGUACUUUCUGACCUCUAAAUUCACAUAUCCACCUGCCUGCUUGUCUUCUCCAUUUGAAAGUCCAAGGGGCAUGUCAAAAUUAUCUCAAACUCCUGAUACCAGAUUCUGAUCUCACCCCACUCUAACCUUCUCCUUCUCUAGUUUUCUUCGUGUCAGUAAAUAGCCAUUCCAUCUGCGGCAGAUUUUAUUUUUCAAAAAUCCCACAACAAUAUAUUCACUCUCAUAUGCUCUUGCCAUUCCCCCAUGAAGAGAUGGAGUCUAUUUCCCUCUCUUCCACUUUUGGCAGAACUUUGUAACUGCCUGGAUGCAUACCAAGUAUGAGAAGUGCCACAAGACUCCCACGGUGAUGUCAAAAGUUUGAUACACAAAAUACCAACAACAUUUUUCACAGAACUAGACACAUAAUCCUAAGAUUUGUAUGGAAUACAAAAGAUCCCAAAUAGCCAAAUCAAUCUUGAAAAAUAAGAACAAACCUGGAGGUAUUACAAUCCCAGAUUUCAAUAUAUACUACAAAGCCAUAGUAAUCAAAACAAUAUGGUAAUGGCGCAAAAAUAGACACAUAGAUCAAUAGAACAGAAUAGAGAACCCAGAGAUAAACCUACGAUUAUAUGAUCAACUAAUCUUUGGCAAAGGAGGCAAGAAUAUGCACAGGAAGAAGAUGGUCUCUUCAACAAAUGGGGCUGGGAAAACUAGACAGCUACAUGCAGAAGAAUGAAACUGGACCACUUUCUUACACCAUACACAAAAAACAAACUCAAAAUGGAUUAAAGGCCUAAAUGUGAGGCCUGAAACCAUAAAAAUUCUAGAUGAGAGCACAAGCAAUAAUUUCUCUGUUGCCAUAACAACAUUUUUCUAGAUAUGUCUCAAGAAGCAACGGAAACAAAAGCAAAAAUAAACUAUUGGGAUUACAUCAAAAUAAAAGCUUCUGCAUAACAAAGGAAACAAUCAACAAAACUAAAAGCCCACUGAAUGGAAGAUGCUUGCAAAUCACAUAUCUUAAUCAUUUAGGAGUUAGUAUCCAAACUAUAUAAAGAACUUAUACAACUCAACACCAAAAAAACAAAUAACCCAACUAAAAAAUGGGCAGAAGACAUGAACAGGCAUUUCUCCAAAGAAGACAUCCAGAUGGCGAACAGACACAUGAAAAGAUGCUCAACAUCACACAUCAUCAGGGAAAUUCAAAUCAAAGCCACAGUGAGAGAUCACCUCACACCUGUCAGAAUGGCUAAAAUAAAAAAACCCAAGAAACAACAAGUGUUGGCAAGGAUGUGGAGAAAAAGGAACUUUUGUGCACUGUUGGUGGGAAUGCAAACUGGUGCAGCCACUGUGGAAGACAGUAUGGAGGUUCCUCAAAAAAUUAAAAUUAGAACUACCCUAUGAUUUAGUAAUUCUAUUACUGGGUAUUUACCCAAAGAAUACAAGAACACUAAUUCAAAAAGAUGCAUGUACCCCUAUGUUUAUUGCAGCAUUAUUUAUAUUAUCCAAAUUAUGGAAGCAGCCCAAAUAUCUACAGAUGAAUGGAUAAAGAAGGGGGGUACAUAUAUACAAUGGAAUAUUAUUCAACCAUAAAAAGAAUGAAAUCUUGCCAUUUGCAACAACAUGGGUGGACCUAGAGAGUAUAAUGCUAAGUGAAAUAAGUCAGUCAAGGACAAAUACCAUAUGAUUUUACUCAUAUGUGGAAUUUAAGAAACAAAACAAGGCACGAGGGUCGCUGUGUGGGUCUCAGUGGAAAGCUUGUUUGGGGGGCGGCUUGCGUCAGCUAAGGCAGCACCUCCGGGACGAUGGCAGAGGGAGAAAAUCGCAGCACCAACCUGCUGGCUGCAGAGACUGCAAGUCUGGAAGAACAGCCUCAGGGAUGGGGAGAAGUGAUGCUGAUGGCUGAUAAAGUCCUCAGAUGGGAAAGAGCCUGGUUUCCACCUGCCGUCAUGGGUGUGGUUUCUUGGGUGUUUCUGACUAUCUACUAUCUGGAUCCAUCUGUUCUGUCCCGUGUUUCCUGUUUUGUUAGGUUUUUGUGCUUGGCUGACUACCUUGUUCCCAUUCUAGCUCCUAGAAUUUUUGGCUCCAGUAAAUGGACCACUGAGCAACAGCAAAAAUUCCAUGAAAUUUGUAGCAAUCUGGUAAAAACUCAACACAGAGCUGUGGGCUGGUGGAAACGCCUCUUUAUUCUAAGGGAGGAAAAGCCUAAAAUGUACUUCCUGAUCAUGAUCGUUUCUCUUGCUGCGGUUGCUUGGGUGGGACAGCAAGUCCAAAACUGGCUGCUCACCUACCUGAUAGUGAUUUUCUUACUGUUGUUUCCGGGAUUAAACCAGCAUGGAAUCACUUUGAAGUACAUUGGAAUGGCCAAAAGGGAGAUAAAUAAGCUUCUUAAACAAAAAGAAAAAAAAAAUGAAUAAUGCAUCUGCUUUAUUCGGUGUAAUGAAUGGCAUAUACAUUGUCCUUGGGAACAGUUUUAUUACGCUGUCUGGACACUAAAAUGUUACAGAAGUAGCUCUUUGUUCUCCCUCUUUCUGCCCUUAGUUGGUAGAAAUUCAGACUUGCCAAGUAAGGCUUUAUGCAUAGGGUCUUCAUGUGACAUGUAGCUAGAUGCAUUCUCAUCAGUUGGCUUCAUAUGGACAACUCAUUCGUGAGUAUGACUUGUUUUGAUUUUUCUCACCCAGGUUAAUUGAAUUCUUACUUUUAGGCAACUUCCUUUAAAAUAAUAUAGUGGUGAGCUUCACCUUUUAGUACAGUUAACUGUGACUUUGGAUAAUUGUUCCAGUUGAUCUUUGCUUGAGCUAGAUCCAAGCUAGAGGUCUGUGGCUACAGGAAGCUGGUUCUACUGUCUGCUUCCACAGUCUGCUUGAACUGCCUGGCUUCAUGAAUACAGAGACCAAGUUGACAAAGAUGAAGAGACCAAUUAAGAUUCAUUCCUCAUGCUGUUUCUAUACUGUGGGAGAAGAAUCCUCUGGAAUAAAAUGAAACCAAUUCCAUGCCCUAGUAUGUGUUGGUUUCUGCCUUGUGCAAAACUUAGUGAUUUGUAAGAAACAUUGAUCUUCCCUCCCAAAAGGGGAAUAUGACAAGCUUCGAGCUCGUCUCUCCUUGCUCUUAGACUUCAAGUUAGUUCCUUAGAGGUUUUUAAACAGCAGGCUUCCAGAAGUUUGUGUUUAGGAUUUUUAGCAUAUUUUUAAUUUCAGGUUUUCAGCUGACUACUACUAUAGGUUAAGACUCAGGUCUAUGACCUUCACUCCAACACCAGCCAAUAAAAGGACAGAAGUCUUCCUAUACUUAGUCUAAGAUUCGUUUCAGUAGAAAAUAAUCUUAGCCUACUAAAUUUUCGAGAUCAGACUAAGCCUUGAAAGGUAAGCCUCAAGAUUCUCAUUUGAGGGUAACUGCUGGCUGCUUUGGUCCCC